AUGUCACCGCCGACACCGUCAACGGUACCAAGAGGUACAUCGCUGCCGACACCCUCCACACAUUCAACGCCUGAAGCUCAAUCAACUUUGCAAGCGCCUCCUGCCCCCCCGACGCCCUUCCUAACUCCAACUACAAAAACAACUUCGCCCAAGCCGUCAAGCUCAGUCGCACUCGACGAAGAUGUGCCUCAGAGUGAAGAGGAUGCAGUCCUGCCAUCGUCGCAGCCUGCUGCCUCGGUCCCUGUCGACACGGGUCGCUCUCAGUUCCAUGAUGCUGCUCGGCUCGCAUCACUGCUUACACUCCCGCAUGCCCCACAAAGUGGUGAGGUCGCAACUGUUUCCGGCGUGAGCCCUUCAUACAGCCUCACACCGUCGAGCUCUCGCCUCCGAAUCCAAAGCACAAUCAGCUCUACAGAGCAUGACCACUCCAAGGAAGUCUAUUCAGAGCUCGGCCAGCUGACGUCCAGCAAGAAGGAGCUCUACAUCUUCCUAUCUACGACAGACGAUCUGCUUUGCCAGUCUGUCGACAAAGGCAAGAAGCGCCAAGUACUCGCGCCUCCGAUCGAAAUCCGCAGUAGGGGCGAAGACGAUGGCGUUACUGCGGUCAUUCCAGAAGUCCCGCGGAAGAGGGGGCCCGGCAGACCUCGCAAGCACGUCCGGCCCGAAGCCAGCGUCACUAUAGACGCGAAGCAAAGGCAGACAGACCGCGUUCCUGUCGACGACGAGAGCGAUGAAGCGUACAAGCUGCUGAACGUGGCAACGACGGACUUGGAAGAGGAAAACGAUCGCAGCGAGGACGAGACGUACACGGAGGACAGUGAUGCUGUCACCAGUAGUAGUGAAGGGGCUCGUACGAGGAGGAGGACAUGA